ACUGAUGAUAAGUAGUAGUCUAACCGUCCAGCAACAGGUAGGGACAUUUCUUCCGUAAUUUAACAUGUGUCGGAUACUUGCUCUACCAAUGUAAGCUAUUAUAAUAUGAUUUCGGAAAGCGGCGGUCAGUGAGACAUAUCCGACAAGGCAGCGGCUUUAGUACGAUUUUUUUAAAUAUUUUUUUUUCGCGCACCGCAUGCAGGCUCUGUUUUGUCCCACUUCAUUUAUCCACCAAGUCCGCAAUACGCGGAGACUAAAGCGUGUGUCCGUCCCAUUGAUGAGAAAACAAACAGCAUGUCAUCUCCAGACAAGACAACCCAAAGGAAUGAAGUCCUGAAUAACAUACGGAGGUCCUCGAUGGUGGCGGGACAUGGGAGAAAACAGACGGAGUUUGAGAUGUCACAAGCCGCGUCAGCCUCACAACCUGGAGCGCUUAUUUCUAACAACAGGUUUCUGUGUGACGCCGAGGGCAUCACCAUUCACACAACUGUCACUCGACCGUCGGUGUCUCACCUACCCGGGCUCAAUCUGAACCCCCGGAUGUCCGUAUACAGCACAACUCGUCAAGUUAUCGUCAGCCGUGCUUACAUUCAAGGACGCGCUUAUAACUUUCUGGAAAGACCAUCUGGUUGGAAAUGCUUCGUGUAUCACUUCUCCGUGUUCCUCAUCGUGCUCGCCUGUCUAAUCCUCAGUGUGCUCUCUACUAUAGGGCAGUACCAGGCUCUGGCACAUGGUACUCUCUUCUGGGUGGAGAUAGCGCUGGUGGUGUUAUUUGGUGUGGAGUAUGGUGUGCGGCUGUGGUCGGCAGGGUGCCGUAGUAAAUAUGUUGGCGUCUGGGGCCGGCUGCGCUUUGCCAGGAAGCCUAUCUCCAUCAUCGAUUUGAUUGUAGUGGUGGCCUCCAUCAUCCUGGUAACAAUGGACAGCCCCGAUCACAGACCGUGUGUUUUUUGUUCCAGAGGGAUUCGCUUCCUGCAGAUCCUGCGUAUGCUUCAUGUGGACCGGCAGGGAGGAACGUGGCGUCUGCUGGGCUCUGUGGUCUUCAUCCACAGGCAGGAGCUCAUCACCACGCUGUACAUUGGUUUCCUGGGGCUCAUCUUCUCCUCCUACUUUGUGUACCUGGCAGAGAAGGAUGCUGUGGACAGCAAUGGAGCCAAUGAGUUUGGGAGCUACGCUGACGCCUUGUGGUGGGGGGUGGUGACCGUCACAACUAUAGGCUAUGGAGACAAGGUGCCUCAGACGUGGAUUGGUAAAACCAUUGCAUCGUGUUUCUCAGUCUUUGCCAUCUCCUUCUUCGCCCUACCAGCUGGGAUCCUGGGUUCAGGCUUUGCACUGAAGGUUCAACAGAAACAGAGGCAGAAGCACUUCAACAGACAGAUCCCUGCAGCUGCCAUUCUCAUCCAGACUUCGUGGAGGGUCUUUGCUGUGGAGAACCCUGACUCGGCCACCUUCAAGAUGUUUGUGAGGAGGAGACCUGCUCUGCUCAGCUCCUCUGUAUCCAGUCCCAAGCCCAAGAAAACGGUGAAGCUGAGGAGGAAGUUGAAGAGCAGUGAGAAGGACGACGGGCCUGGUUCUCCCACUGUUCCCAGUAUCUCCUACGACUCAGUGUUCAAUAGUGGGAGGGAGCUCAGCUCUGAUGUCUACAGCACUGUGUGUACAGCUGAAGCACUAGGAUGUGAUACCCAGCAGUCCUGGACCUCUCUUUCCUCCCUUACGUUCAGCUCUCCACUCCCAGUGAAAAAGACCCCUGGUUUGUUGGAGGUGCAGCACCCUCGUCCCCUCCAGAGGAACAGCAGCUUUGGGGACGAUCUGGACCAGGAGGACCAGUGUGUUCUGACCCCAGUCACCCACGUGUCACA